AUGACAGGAAAGGCAGCUUGGCCAGUUUUGCUUUACGUGCCGAACUUGAUUGGGUAUGCGCGCAUAGGGCUAGCUUUGGUCGCCUUCUGGAACGUACCGCACCCGGCAACGUUCCUGACGUUCUAUACCACCGGGUUUCUGCUUGACGCUGCUGACGGCUACGCAGCACGCCUGCUCGGGCAGUCGUCGGCGUUUGGUGCUGUGCUUGACAUGCUGACGGAUCGAUUCUCUACCGCUGGGUUGCUUCUUCUGAUUGCUCUACAGGAUCUAGCGAACGCUGGUUUGACAUGCAACACGGUGACGUGCGCUCUGACAACGUGUUUUCGGGUUACUGUAUGCGUUGCCCUGCUUAUUUUGGAUGCAGUGAGCCACUUUUGGCAAGUGUGUGCCGCAACCCUAGCCCGUGCGACCAGUCACAAAGCCGCAGGUCCCGGACGCCUGGUGAAGCUAUAUUAUCGCCGAAGUGUGUUGACAACGGUAUGCCUUUUUAGUGAGGUGUUUUUGUUGCUGCAUUUCACGCGUGUUGCUGGUUGGUCCGCCAGGGUCGAAACUGCCAGUCAUAUGGAGCUGCUAUGGAUUGCCGCAUACUACGGUUGCGCUAUAGUAUAUGUGCUCAAACAGUUUAUAUCUUUGGCCCAGAUCUGGAACGCCGCGGCGCUUCUCGAGCUCUCAUGUUCUGGAUGCGGACACGUAUCCGACGCAAAACGCCCUUAG